CACGGUUUUUGCAUCACUUUUUCCCGCUACAACACACUAGUCAGACGCUGUUAGCAAUGUCGCACUACUUUGGUUCGCCACGGUCUUUUAACCAAGUUCACGAAUAAAUCGUUAUCUAAAGUACGAUUGGUUAGCUAUCUGCAUUCUUGAGGCAGAAUAGUAAAAAGACCCACAUGGAGCCAUCGGAAGUAGUGGACCCCGUCAGGGUCAAGAAGGAGCCGGUCUCACCCCGUGAGAAGGAUUCACACUCCAUGAAGAAACCCACAUCGAAACACGGAUCGCAAAGCAGUACGAAACAUUCAUCCUCUUCAAGCAUCAUGAAGCGUGCCAAAGCAGAAGCUGCUCGUGCUCUCAUAAGGCUAGCUGAAGAGGAGGCAGCUCUCAGGAAAACGUUAUCUCAGCUUGAGGAACAGGACGAGAUUGACCAAGCAACUAUUAGAGCCUCAGCAGUGAGAAGGAGAUCCGAUUACAACGCAGAUAUAGAUCUACUGACAGCCAAGAAAACAGCAGCUGCACUGGAUGCAGAAGCUAGAGUGUAUGAACAGGAAUCUGUUGGAGGUGACUUAAGUGAGUUUGAUAACAUUGAUGAUGAUAUUCAUGUACCAGAGGAAGACCCUCAUGAGAGGACUAGUGAAUAUGUGAACACUGUGCAUUUGGAAGGACAAAGUGAAACCAUGUGCCCAGACGCAUCCAUUGUUCCACAAAACGCUACACACAGACCACAAUCCGAACCACAGCCAGUAUCUCAUGCUACCCAUGAGAUGAACGACUCACGCCGAGCAAUUCUGACCAAUAACCCAGUAGAUACAUAUCGUGACCUUCCUGAAUCAGAUAUACGUCCGCAAACACCAGCUACAACAUACGCAGAGAUGCCGCCUGUCACGCGUCCAAACAUUCCAAUGUUUCCUGACAUUUCCAAAUUCCUCUUAAGGAGAGAACUGUUAAUGUCUAGACUCUAUCAAUUUUGUGACAAACCAGAAACCUAUUUCGUGUGGAAAUCGAGUUUCAAAAAUGUCCUCGCCGACUUACAAGUUUCUGAUUUUGAGCAACUUGACCUUUUGGUGAAGUGGCUAGGGCCAGAAUCCAGCUCAUAUGCCUUGAGUAUUCGGGCCGCCAAUGCAGACAACCCGUCGAAAGCUCUGCGUCUCCUAUGGGAGAGGUUGGACCAAAGAUAUGGUGCACCCGAAAUGAUUGAAAGCAUUUUAAAGGACAAGCUUGCCAAAUUUCCUAGACUUAGCAUCAAGGAUACACAGAAACUCUUCGAACUUGCUGACCUACUUACAGAAAUUCUAAGUUUAAAGGAACAGACAGCAUACAAGCCACUUCUAGCAUAUUUCGACUCUUCGGUUGGGAUAAAUCCAAUCAUAGAAAAGUUACCUCACAACAUGAGAGAAAAGUGGAUCUCAAGAGCCUACAACUACAAAGAGACCAAGCAGUGCUUUCCACCGUUUAAGUUUUUUGUUGACUUUGUAAGGGAAAUGAGCCGCGUCAGGAAUGACCCAAGUUUUUCCUUCACCGAAACUAUGAACACACCGCAGAAGAUCAUUCGCUCGUCUCCCUUACCUGUUAAGACUCGAAUUACCACUGCAAAUACAGAAAUUUCCUCAGAUUCGAGGGACGACACCGUCUGUGCCAUUCACGGAACAAGCCAUCGACUAAGUGAGUGCCGCGCAUUCCAGACUAAACCAUUAGAAGCCCGGAAGGCCCUUCUCAGAGAAAAGGGGUUGUGCUUUAAGUGCUGUGACUUCAUGCAUAAAAGCAGACACUGUAGGGAAAAGAUUAAGUGUACCAUUUGUGAUAGUGACAAGCAUGUGACAGUUAUGCAUGGAGACACCCCCUCUAAAGUUCAUGGCGGGGAGAGAACUCCUCAUUCAGGGAGAAAUACCUACAGAACUACAUCCAAUCCACUUGUAGUGGAGUCCUCAUGCACGGAGAUCUGCGGAAAUAUGACCUACGGGAAGUCGUGUGCCAAGAUCUUACCUGUGUUUGUACAUCAUAGCAAAGAUCCAAGGACCCGCGUGAAAAUGUACAUAAUUCUCGAUGACCAAAGCAAUCGAUCUCUUGCCAGAAGUUCGUUCUUCGACAUGUUCAAGAUUUGUUCACCACCCGAGGAAUACAUCAUGAACUCGUGCAAUGGAAAACUCGUAACUUCUGGUCGACGUGCCUCGGGAUUUGUGAUGGAAUCCUGCGAUCGCCAUGUGAGCAUAGACUUACCUGUUCUCAUUGAAUGUGACAAUAUACCAAACAACAGACAGGAAAUUCCAUCGCCGGAUGUCACGAGAUAUCAUCCACACCUUGGUGACAUUGAGCUUGACCGCUUAGAUGACCAGUGCCAAAUCUUGUUGCUCAUCGGCAGAGACGUACCAUAUGUACACCGCAUUCUCGAUCAGAAAACUGGCCAUCCCGAUGCACCGAUUGGACUUCGAUCCCCAUUAGGAUGGACUGUGGUUGGUGACGUGUGCCUUGGAUCUCAGCAUCAAAGUAGUGACGUCAAUGUAUACAAGACUUUUGUAUUAUCCAAUGGACGACCAUCCUUAUUACGACCUUGCGAGAACCAACUCGUGAUUAAAGAUUCCCCAAUGUCGAAUAGUUGUACCAAGCAACUUCUGGAUAUUGAUGAUAAGACAUUUUUACUUACUCCUGACGACAAUAAGCCAGGAUUAUCUACAGAAGAUAGAAUCUUCCUUGAGGAAAUGGAAAAAAACUUCAGAAAGAACUCAGAUGGUAACUGGGAGGCCCCACUUCCGUUUAAGAGCCAGCGCCCACGUUUACCAAAUAACCGUUCCAUGGCUUUGGACAGAGCUAACAGAUUCAAUCUUAGUCUUAAAAGGGAUCCUCUAAAACAAAAACAUUUUAUCGAUUUCAUGCAGAAACUCUUUAAUCAUAAGCAUGUCGAGGUAGCGCCACCUGUUGACGAGGAGGAAGAAGUUUGGUAUCUACCUGUCUUCGGCGUAUAUCACCCUCGCAAGCCAGACCAGAUAAGAGGAGUGUUCGACUCUUCGGCUACCUUUCGUGGACUAUCCUUGAACGAUGUCUUGAUGUCUGGCCCAGAUUUGAACAACAGUCUGCUCGGAGUGUUCAUUAGAUUCCGAAAGGAGCCAGUGGCCAUAACAGCCGACAUACAGCAAAUGUUUCAUUGUUUUUAUGUUAGACCCGAUCAUAGAAACUACUUGCGCUUCUUCUGGCACCGAAACAAUGACUUCAACGAAGACCUGAUAGAGCACAGGAUGAGGGUCCAUGUGUUCGGAAAUGAACCAUCGCCCUCCGUAGCCACGUACGGUCUACACAGAACUGCAUUAGACGCUAAGGAUUCCUUUGGACCAGAUGUCACAGACUUUGUUCUGAAACACUUCUACGUAGACGACGGUUUGAUAUCUGUACCCACCGAGAAACAAGCAGUAGACCUGAUGAAACGAACUCAACAUGCUUUAGCUGUUCAUGGUAAUUUACGUCUGCAUAAGAUUGCUUCAAACAGCAAGGAUGUCGUACGAGAAUUUGAUCCAGACGAUUUGUCGAAGGAACUAAAGAGCCUAGAACUAUCAGCUGACUUACCUAUACAAAGGAGCUUAGGACUCUACUGGAACAUGAACCUUGAUACAUUUACCUUCCAGAUCUCCAGCGAGGAGAAACCCUUGACUCGUCGUGGAGUAUUAUCUGUGAUAAACAGUAUCUACGAUCCCUUAGGAUUUGCCGCACCGGUGACGAUAGAAGGGAAGCUGAUACUGCGCCAGCUGACAGUCGGAAGCACUGGAUGGGACGAGCCACUCAUCGAUAUCGAAGGACAGAAAUGGCAGACAUGGAAAAAGAUGCUUUCCGAUCUCCAAGAUGUAUCCAUACCCCGUCAGUAUGUUCCAUGUUCUCUGCAAGGGAAUAUUCGUAUCAAGCUACAUGUGUUUUGUGACGCAUCUGAGAAAGCAAUUGCUGCGGUUGCCUACAUUCAUGUGAUUUAUGAUGAAAACAAACACUAUGUAGGAUUUGUUAUUGGGAAGACCAAAGUUGCGCCCCCUCAUGGGCAUACGAUACCAAGACUCGAAUUGUGCUCUGCUCUUCUUGCAGUUGAAAUCUACCAAUUGGCCAAUGAACAUUUGAACAUCGAGUUUGACUCUGUGAAAUUCUACUCCGAUAGUAGAGUAGUUCUGGGGUAUAUUACCAACCAGACAAGAAGGUUUUUCAUUUACGUUUCGAAUCGAGUUGAGCAAAUACUCAAGCAUUCGACCCCGGAGCAAUGGAAUUAUUUUCCUACAGGACUAAACCCUGCCGACAUUGUGACCAGAGGCUUAGCAGCUAACAAGCUUCAAAGCAGUGCUUGGAUACAGGGACCCAUUGAUUUUCUCAUGAGACAGUCAUUAGAACCUGAUGAUGCCUCUAACCUGAUUACCUGCAAAUCUGAUGUGAAUACCUACCUGUCUGAAGUCGAGCCAGUACCUGAAGCUUCAUCUGGACAAAGUAUUGUUGACAGAUUUGAGCGGUGCUCUCAGUGGUCUAGACUGGUGCGUGCGUUCGGUAUUCUGAAAACUAGAGCACGCCAAAGGAGAAAGAAGACGUCAUAUAAUCAGUCUGUUACCUUCAGUGAAGCUGAAAACUUUAUCAUAAGUGUAGUACAGCACAGCGUUUAUAGCGAAGAGAUUCGAUGUAUCAGCAGUGCCCAGGCCCUUCAGAGAGGAAGCGCGAUUCAAGCACUGGGUCCAGUCCUAGACGAGCAGGGCAUCCUACGUGUAGGAGGGAGACUCAACAAAUUGAAGUUAAAUAACUUUGAGAAGAACCCAGCUAUUAUCCCAGGGUCUCAUCACAUUGCUACCUUACUAGUCCGUCAUCACCAUGACCUAUUGAAACACCAGGGCCGUCACCUUACAGAGGGCGCUGUCAGAUCUGCAGGACUCUGGAUCACUGGAGGAAAAAGACUUGUGUCUUCAGUUAUUUACAAAUGCAUCACCUGCAAGAAGCUGAGAGGAAAGAUUGCGGCACAGAAAAUGGCUGACCUCCCAGCUGACCGGCUUGAACCUGCACCUCCAUUCACCAACGUCGGUGUUGACGUCUUUGGCCCCUGGCAGGUCAUCACUAGAAAAACACGAGGAGGGAGUGCAUCCUCCAAACGAUGGGGUGUUUUAUUUACAUGCUUAGUGACGAGAGCGAUUCACAUAGAAGUAGUUGAUUCGUUAAGUUCUUCAGCAUUCAUCAAUGCAGUGCGCCGAUUUACCAGUAUUAGAGGGAAAGUUAAGAUAUUUCGGUCGGACAGAGGUACCAAUUUCAUUGGAGCAACAGACGACCUGAAAAUUGAUACCAUCAGCGUUGAAGAGGACACAUUGAAGAAGUUCUUAUAUGAUUCUGGGACAAAGUGGAUAUUCAAUCCCCCACAUUCAUCACACUUUGGAGGCGUUUGGGAAAGGAUGAUUGGGCUCGUACGAAGGAUCCUGGACGCCAUGCUAAUGGAACCAAGUAAUCGGAAUGUUACUCAUGAUGUUCUCUGCACCUUGAUGGCAGAGGUGACCACGAUCAUCAAUUCCCGACCGUUGACGCCUGUGUCAGCCGACCCUGAUAAUCCGUUCGUGCUAACACCCAACGUACUGUUGACACAGAAACAUUCUUCUGAUUUCGACUGCCCCGAGUUUGGUGACAUCAGUGUAAAAGAUAUGCUAAGAUCCGAGUGGAAACGUGUGCAAGGUCUCGCGAACCAGUUCUGGAAGAAGUGGAAAUCUGACUACCUCCACUUACUUCAGCCGCGCAGGAAAUGGAAGAGUGAAGAGCCAAACAUCAAGGAAGGUGACGUCGUGUUGAUGAAAGAGGACAGUCCAAGGAACUUUUGGCCUAUGGCAGUUGUGCAGAAAACAUUUAAGAGUGAUGAUACUUUAGUUAGAAAAAUUCAGAUAAAGUUGUUAAGGAACGACAAACCUGUUAUUCUAGUCAGACCAAUUUGUGAAGUGAUUCCACUGUAAGCUGUGUAGGAAUUUUGUUUUAUAAGUAACAUGGUUAGUACAUGUGGUACUUUUCCAUCAUUUAUUUCAUCGUCAUGAGGCAAACUUCAUUUUUGUAAGUUUUCAAUCUGAUUUAAUUUGUCUUUUUUUUCAAUAUGUGUAAUAGUGAUAUCUUACAGAUAUCAGGCGGGGAGUGUGUUGUUACUUGUUUUAUAAAUAUCGUUUUUGUACGAAUCAGUUCAUGUACGAGUUAUUACAAAAUUAGAACUCUUCUGUAUUAAGAGGUGCACGGUUUUUGCAUCACUUUUUCCCGCUACAACACACUAGUCAGACGCUGUUAGCAAUGUCGCACUACUUUGGUUCGCCACGGUGUAAGUAUUUACAAUAUUUACUUCCUACAUCUAGUUUUUAUAAUCAUUCAUAAUGCCAUAUCGAUGUGUUGUUUAUUUACGAGUCACUACAUACUGUAUCGAGUCAUGACGAAUUUAUUUACCAUAAACGUAUAUCCUGUCAAUAGAUUAU